AUGAUCGCGGGUCCAAGGCAUCUAGGGAAUGAUAUUGAUGUGUAUCUUACGCCAUUAAUCGAAGACUUGAAACAAUUGUGGGAAGAAGGGGUAGAUGUGUGGGAUGCAAAUGUGCAGCAGACGUUCAGGUUACGCACAAUGGUGUUUUGUACUAUUAAUGAUUUUCCAGCAUAUGGAAAUUUAAGUGGAUACAGUGUGAAAGGGCAUCAUGCAUGUCCUAUCUCUUUUAAUGGAAGUCAGGAGAAUGAAGGCCCCCCGGAAGCAUUAACCGGAAACCAAGUUCAUGAUCGCAUAAAGGACAUUGUAACCGUGUUUGGAAAGUCCCAGAAGAAGACAUCAUCUCCCAACAACAUGUGGAAGAAGCGCUCAAUAUUCUUUGAUCUUCCAUACUGGUCCGAUCUAUAUGUGUGGAAGACAAAGGAUGGUUUGAAAUGUCGUCAAGACUUGGUUGACAUGGGAAUACGAGAGCAGUUGCAUCCCAUAUCACAAGGUCGGCAAACAUAUUUACCCCCAGCAUGCCACGCACUGUCAACAGCAGAGAAGAAAAGUUUUUGUCAAUGUCUGCAGAAUGUCAAAGUUCCACAAGGAUACUCUUCAAAUAUCAAGAGCCUUGUCGCCCUCAAUGAUCUUAAGUUGGUUGGCUUGAAGUCUCAUGAUUGCCAUGUCUUAAUGCAACAAUUAUUGCCUGUUGCGAUUCGCGGCAUCUUGCCUGACAAAGUUAGAGUUGCCAUAACCCGUUUGUGCUUUCUUUUUAAUGGCAUAUGUAGUAAAGUCAUUAAUCCUCAUCAAUUGGAUGACUUGGAGAAUGAGGCUGCCAUUGUCAUUUGUCAGUUAGAGAUGUAUUUCCCACCAUCAUUUUUUGACAUCAUGGUUCACCUAAUUGUUCAUCUUGUGAGGGAAAUUCGGUUGUGUGAUCCGGUUUUUUUGCGGUGGAUGUAUUCAAUUGAACGCUACAUGAAAGUGUUGAAGGGAUAUACCAAAAAUCAAUACCGACCAGAAGCUUCCAUUGUAGAAAGGUAUGUUGCCGAAGAAGCUAUUGAGUUUUGUUCACAGUACAUGGAAACAGUUGAAGCUGUGGGGGUACCGAAAAUUCGUCAUGACCGGACACGAGGAGGUCAAGGGACACGAGGCUUCAAUGUUGUUACCAUGAGUCGACAAGAUGUGUCACAAGCGCAUUUGUAUAUCUUGAAUAACACACAGGAGGUCGUUCCAUACAUACAAACUCACAAACAAUAUCUGACAUCUAUUAAACCAAAAUUAAACAUGAUGAAAUUGUUGCAAGAGCAUAAUAGAACUUUCAUGAACUGGUUUAAAGAAACAAUUAUGACUGAUGACAAUGCUUCCAAAACAUUAAGAUUGUUGGCUAUUGGUCCGAAUUUAAAUGUCCCUACUUGGCAGGGGUAUGACAUAAACAAUUAUUCAUUCUAUACAAAGUCACAAGAUGAUAAAAGUAGUGUGCAGAAUAGUGGGGUGAUUGUGGAGGCUCAUUCUGAGCACUUUUCUAGAGCAUCUGAUAACAACCCAAUUGAAGCCUCAAUGCCUUAUUUCGGAGUUAUUGAAGAAAUCUGGGAGCUUGAUUAUAAUCAAUUUAGAGUGCCAGUAUUUAAAUGUAAAUGGGUUAAUGGAAAUACCGGUGUUCAUAAAGAUGAAAUGGGAUUCACUUUAGUAGACCUUAACAAGGUAGGUUACAAGGAGGAACCAUUCAUUAUGGCAGAACAAGCUAGACAAGUGUUUUACAUCCAAGAUCCAAAUAAUCGUAGAUUAUCAGUGGUUCUACAAGGAAGGCCAAUUGGUGUUAGGGAACAAAUUCAUGAUGCAUCCCUUGACAUUUGUGAGACUCCUCGUUUUUGCACAAAAAUGCCUUCAAUAUGUGAACAAGCAGAGGUGGAUGACGUACAUGCGAUUCGUCAUGAUCAUGCUGAAGGUUUAUGGGAGAACAUUGCUCCUUAA